AUGUACUCCAUUAUCGAUACAACUUACAAGUACCAACCACCAUCACGCCUCGGGUGCAGUAGUUUCAAGAGCAGAGUUUUCACCCUCACCGCUUCACACGUCUCUUCAGCUGCCAGCGGGAAGCACAAGCACGAAGCACCUGUGCGCAAGAGACGACGUGAGAUGUGGGUGAGAAGUGUAAUUCUGUGUGUGUGUGUCUGGUUACGUGGAGACGAUGAUGCUGAAGUCCGUGUUGCACGAUCCGUCUUGGUGGCCUCCUAUCCUCGUAUGCUGGAACGUCAAGCGUUGGCACGUUUGGAAGGUUACUUUUGGAACUUCUUUCUACAACCUCCAGAGUUCUGUGAAGUGAUGCACGGUACACGUAGAGUCGAAGCAAAUGGUCAACAGUGUAAUAACUUGAGACGCCACCGCUCACCAACUGAGGUGUCACCAACGGGAGCUUGCAUUGGGUUCCGUGGUGGGGAGGACAUGUACCUUUCCUCCAACCUCGGAAUGGUGGUGCCAUGGGUGCGUCGAGACGCCGGUACAACCUUCAAUGUUGGUAACAAACUUGUGUAUCUUAAUGGACGGCAGACUCUCACCGCGGAAACUCUGAUGCUAUCGUGGUGGAUGCUUGCAACCAUUGUUGAUAUUUGUCCUCGGCGGGUUUUCUCCCAAGCGGUCAGCAAUAGCCAUUGCAAUUAUGCAACAUCUUCGAUGACCGGGAGAAGUGGGGUGUGGUCGUCAACAACCAGUUUCAGGGCUGAAGCUGUUCGUGAAGCUCGAGUGGAAUGA